CCUGUCCCCAAAUCUGAGUUGAAAGAAAAAUUGGCCAUGGGUUUGUCUGCAUCCUCUCCAUCAAUAGCACUCCAAGCAGAUGUCUCUGAACAGCCUCAGACUGUCGCUUCACAAUGUCCCAUGCACCAGAAAAAAAUGGAAGGUUGCCCAAUGCACAUGAAAUCAGCUGACAAUGUUGAUGAGAGCCAGAAUGUUUCUGGUCCUGUGCAUCAAGAAAGUGCAUAUGAAUAUGUUGAAUGUCCUGUGAAGUCUCAAAUGCAUGAGAAGCUCGAUCCCAGCAACAUGAUGCCACCCCCUAAUCAACAGCCAUCCCCUGGUCAACCAUUUGCACUCUCUACCACAAGAGAAGAGUCUACUAUUCCUAGAACGUUUUCUGAACAAAACUGGGUUUAUCCUUCAGAACAAAUGUUUUGGAAUGCAAUGCUUAGGAAAGGAUGGAGAUGGAAAGAUGAUGACAUAAAACCUGAAGAUAUGACUAAUAUCAUUAAGAUUCAUAAUCAGAAUAAUGAGCAGGCUUGGAAGGAAAUUUUAAAAUGGGAAGCACUUCAUGCUGGGGAGUGCCCCUGUGGACCGACACUUGUUCGUUUUGGAGGUAAAGCUAAGGAGUAUUCACCAAGAGCCAGAGUACGCUCCUGGAUGGGGUAUGAAUUGCCUUUUGAUAGGCAUGAUUGGAUUAUUGAACGCUGUGGAAAAGAAGUCAGAUAUGUUAUUGAUUAUUAUGAUGGAGGAGAAGUAGAUAAGAACUAUCAGUUUACCAUUUUGGAUGUUCGCCCUGCUUUUGAUUCCCUGACUGCUGUGUGGGACAGGAUGAAGGUGGCUUGGUGGCGCUGGACUUCAUAACUAAACUUUCACAAUAUGGAAAACAACAUCAGAACUGUAUUAUUUGAAGUGGUAUUGAGACUUUGGA